AGACGCGGGGGGACGGCGUGGGGACGGACGAGGCGUAGGCGCUCCGACGCGGAUACGAACGGUCGACACCGACGACCGAACGACCGAACCCGCGACGCGCCGGACGCCGACCCGACGACGGCGCGAGCGCGCCGAACGCGACGACGCGCCGACGAAACGGACCGCGCGCGAACGACGAGCGACGCCCGCGAACCACGCGAAACGCGAACGCGCCGA